AUGUCUUACAUGAACAACACAUUUCAAUCCAAUUAUGAUUACUCCAAAGAUAAUAACUUUAUGUCGACCGACAUUGGACCCUCCAUGCGGGAGUUGAAAGUACAAAAUCGACGCAGUAGGCCAAUGGAGAAUCCAGGUGCUGACAAUCCAUAUAUUCCUAAAUUCAUUUCGACAGCUCCUUGGUACGCGCAAGAUGAGCAAGCUGUGGAAAGGUUAGCGCAUCAACGACUAGGAAAGAAAGAACCACCCAGUGGUGGCCGCUCUUCUAUUGAGGAAUCUUGGUACGCUCGUGGUAAAAGAGCAGGACCUGCUGCAACCAAAUACAGGAAAGGCGCUUGUGAGAACUGCGGUGCCAUGAGCCAUAAAUUAAAAGAUUGCAUGGAGCGUCCGCGAAAGCGUGGAGCCCGCUGGACUGGAAAGGAUAUCCAAGCAGAUGAAGUUAUACAAGAGGUUGAUGUUAGUUGGGACGCCAAACGUGACCGGUGGAAUGGUUUUGAUGCUAGUGACUAUAAAAAGGUGAUUGAACGAUAUGAAAAGAUGGAUGCUUUACAGCAGAUGCAUAAUAGCACAGAGAGACAAACGGAAGGUACUGAUAACUUCGGAAAAGAUACGCCGUCAUCUACAAAUAAAGAAGAAUCUAACGGUGGUGCAGACUCUGGAGUAACAACGCCCAGUUUGCGUAUGCGUGAAGAUGUAGUCGGUUAUUUACGUACUGAUAAUAAAGGUCUUCAGUACGAACCAAAGUCAAGAUCGAUGCGGGAUACUACAGGGUCUCAUCUUUUGAGCGAUUCCACAAAUGGAUCUGGUUUCAUCAAAGCUUCCGGAGGAGAUAAGGAAGACUUUGAGAAACUACAGACGUUUGCGUGGGAAGCUGAACGAAGUGGAAAUCGUGUGCAUGUAGUGGCUAAUCCAACGGCUGGUGAGUUGGAGUAUCGGAAGAAUCGUCAGUCGAAAGCUGUUAAUCAAAAACAAAUUGAACAGAGCAUCUUGGAAAAGUAUGGAGAUGGGACAGCAAAGAGGAAACGACCUGCAGGACCAUCUUUUCCUUCCAACAGUACAUUAGAUUCUGCUCCUAGUCAACAGGAUGUCUCGAAAAAGGACGACAGCCCCCAGCGGGACUUAAAGACAGAGAAGCCAACCGGUACAGAGAAUGUUACUAUUCUUGAAGGUGAUUUGUGA